AUGGGGUGCAAAGUAUUCCUCAAUUUUGGACAGCAGCUGCUGCGGCGAAAAGUUGUUGACUGCAACCGAGAGGAGAGUCGGCUGUCCCGCUGCUUGAAUACUUUUGAUUUAGUAGCUCUCGGUGUAGGAAGCACACUUGGGGCAGGUGUCUACGUGCUGGCUGGAGCCGUGGCCCGGAAAAAUGCCGGCCCCGCCAUCGUUAUCUCUUUCCUCAUUGCUGCCUUGGCCUCCGUGUUGGCAGGACUGUGUUAUGGAGAGUUUGGUGCUAGGGUUCCAAAGACUGGUUCCGCCUACCUCUACAGCUAUGUCACUGUGGGCGAGCUCUGGGCUUUCAUCACCGGCUGGAACUUAAUUCUCUCCUACAUCAUUGGUACCUCAAGUGUAGCAAGAGCAUGGAGUGCCACAUUUGAUGAACUCAUAGGCAAACCCAUUGGAGACUUCUCCCGAAUGCAUAUGUCUCUGGAUACUCCUGGGCUCGCUCAAUACCCAGACAUAUUUUCUGUAAUUAUCAUUCUAAUUCUAACAGUUUUUAAUUUCCGACACUUUUUUCUGUUUGAUAGCAAGGUAGAACCCUGCUCCAUUAUAGAUGCCUUCCAGUUUGAGAUAGUGGGGGCAGGGGUGGGAGGUGAAACAUUUAGUAACAGCACCAUUGGUGCUGGUGGGUUUAUGCCCUUUGGAUUCAGUGGCGUCCUAUCAGGGGCAGCCACUUGCUUUUAUGCUUUUGUGGGAUUUGACUGCAUCGCAACCACAGGUGAAGAAGUAAAGAAUCCCCAGAAAGCUAUCCCUGUGGGAAUUGUGGCAUCCCUCUUGAUCUGCUUUGUGGCCUACUUUGGGGUGUCCGCCGCUCUUACACUCAUGACGCCUUACUUCUGCCUGGAUGUGAAUAGUCCAUUGCCUGAUGCAUUUAAGCAUGUAGGCUGGGAAGGGGCAAAGUAUGCUGUAUCUGUUGGCUCCCUCUGUGCUCUUUCUACCAGUCUUCUAGGUUCUAUGUUUCCAAUGCCUCGAGUCAUUUAUGCGAUGGCUGAAGAUGGACUACUGUUUAAAUUUUUAGCCAAAGUCAGUGAAAGGACCAAAACUCCAAUGAUAGCAACAAUAACUUCUGGUGCCAUUGCUGCUGUGAUGGCCUUUCUUUUUGACCUGAAAGACUUGGUUGACUUAAUGUCCAUUGGAACCCUCCUGGCAUAUUCUUUGGUGGCAGCUUGCGUGUUGGUCUUACGGUACCAACCAGAGCAGCCUAACUUGGUAUACCAGAUGGCCAGAACAACAGAUGAGCAGCUUGAUCUUGUGGAUCAAAACGAAAUAGUGAGCACCAGUGAUUCUCAAACAGGCUUUUUGCCAGAAAUGGAGAAAUGUUCUCUAAGAGCCAUAUUAUGUCCGAAGAACAAAGAGCCUUCUAAACUCUCGGGAUUUAUUGUGAAUGUCUCAACCAGCCUCAUAGGGAUUCAUAUUAUCAUCUUCUGCAUUGUCACUGUCCUUGCUAAAAAGGAACUUGAACAGGGGACCCCAUGGGUGAUCGCUGUCCUCUUAGGGUCAGUCUUCCUCUGCUUUGUUAUCACCAUCCUGAUUUGGAGACAGCCUGAGAGCAAAACCAAACUUUCAUUUAAGGUGCCCUUCUUGCCAUUACUUCCCAUUCUGAGUAUUUUUGUGAAUGUCUAUCUUAUGAUGCAGCUGGACGGUGGUACCUGGGUCCGCUUUGCUGUGUGGAUGCUGAUAGGUUUCUUCAUUUACUUUGGUUAUGGUCUGUGGCACAGCGAAGAGGCAUCCUUGGCGGCCGGUACAGCAAGAACCCCGGACAACAGUUCGGACCACUGCAAAUGA